UAAAGGUUUUGUGUUUUUACUUGCUACAUUAAAUUGCAAAUUAAAAUGUUGCUAAAUUAUUUAUUGCUGUAUUAAUUCAUUUAUUAGGCUAUUUAUUUCUGAACAUAUGCAUGGUAAUGGCAGGAUUGGUCCUCCUCACUAAAUGCCCCAGGGGAUUUUUGAUGAAAGCUGAUCUCUUCUGAGCUGUUUGUACAUGCCCUUAUCUUGAUCUCAUUAUAGCUUUUACAUCACACAAAACAGACACUUCAGUCCAACUGCCUUCAUUUCAGUACCAGAGCUCCGUUAGACUCAGAGAGACGUUCAGAGUCACUGCCUGAAGCUGCUGUCAAACACAAGAUUCUGCCAAAAGAUGACAUCAACAAACUCCAGUUCUGAUUCCAGUAUUUUCCCAGAAGAACCGAUUGAACCGUGUAGAAGGGAUGAUGAUAACAAACUGGGAGCAAAUCUGUCUUACAUUUACUACUUCAUGUUUGUCUUCAGUGUUAUCACCAACCUGCUGGUUGUGGUCAUCAUCUGCCGGUUUGAGAAGCUGUACACUGUGAUCAACAUCUUGCUGCUGAACCUGGUGGCGUCCUCCCUGAGCUUAAUGAGCAGCCUUCCCUUCCUGGCCAUCUACAUGCAGAAAGCUGAUUGGAUUUUUGGCUCAGCUAUGUGCAAGAUCGUCAUGAGCGUCUACUACCUGGGUUUUUACAGUUCUGUUUUCUUUUUAACUCUGCUAACAUUUGACCGUUACCUUGCUUUUGUACAUUUUAUGCCAGUAGUACAUAUAAGGAGUCGACGCAAUGCUAUCAUUUCCUGUGCAGUGGUGUGGGUGAUCAGUGGUUUGGCUUGCAUUAGGCCCAUGAUCCUCUAUGAUGCCUUUAAACAUAUGGGCAAAAUGCACUGUGAGGAGGUUGCUUAUCUUGAUGGUAUGAAUGUAGAGAAGGUCAAAACAGCUGGAUUUUAUAUUCAGCUUUGUGUCUUCUUGAUCCUCCCUCUGGUUGUUAUCGUAUUUUGUUAUACUAGGAUUGUGAUCACUAUCAAAAAGUCCCGAUCGGCUUCUAAAUUCCAUGCAGUCAGGGUGAUAUUUAUGAUCGUAGUGUUGUUCUUCAUCUGCUGGAUCCCUUUUAACAUUGUAGAACUCCUGCAUUAUGAAUAUGAGUCUGGUUUGAGCUGUGAAGAUAAAAAGAAACUUGGUUGCGCUCUUCAUGUCACCCGCAACAUGGCGUGCAUUUACUUCUGCAUCAGUCCAAUCUUUUAUACAUUUAUAGGGAAAAAAUUUCAGAACCAUUUCAAACAGCUGUUGGUGAAAUGUUUCCCAAGAUUACGGGAUCAUAUUUCUUUUAACACAAACAUUACAACAACACACACUUUAAGAACUGAACUUGGUCUUAAGAACUGAGUUUAUCUUUGUGAGUUUUGUCAUCAUUCACCCUGAGUUAAACCAAAUUCAUUCUUCAUUCAUGCUUUUUAAACUUCAGGCCGUCUUUUCAUGCUACAACAACCCUCACUUUGACCUAAUGUAUUGUCAUCAUGCUGAAAAAUAUUUGUGGAUAUUCGUACUAUUUAAGCUGUUGAGUGUGAGAGAUUCUAGUAUCGGACAGCUAAAUCCACAGAUGCUGCCUUUUGAAUUUUUUCAUUCAGCUGUUGCUGUAGACCCUGUGUUAGUAUUUCUAUUAUAGUAAAACUGAAAGGACACUUUUUACAUUGGGCGAGCCAGUGACAGUUUUCUGUGUUUUUUUUGUUUUUUUUGCACAGUUCCGUAUAAUUUUCCAAGCUUUGAGCAUGUCAAAAAGAACUGUUCAGUCCAUCAUCUGAAAAAGGAACGUGGCACACCUGCAAUCCUAACAAGACAAGGUGAUCAGUUUAAACCAACAGGAAGAGCGAUAAUUAGAGCCAUUCAUUUGAUUUCAGUAUGUUUCAGCAGCAAAGUAUCUAAAACCUGGAGGACAGCAGCUCUUGAGGACUUGAGGACCAACACAGGAGUUGGAGACUACCUGAGACUGCAAACAGACUGAAUCCAGGAGGGCAAUACAGCCAUAGCUACAAUGGCAUGGCUUAGAACAAAAUGUGUCUAAUUGUUAGUGCACAAUAGAUUGUGAUUUUCGACAAUGCAAAGAAAUGGACAAACACAAAUUAGCUGCAAAUUUCCAGCUAAUUUCAGAGUGAAUAGGUACGAUGAGAUGAAACAGAGUUGAAAGGCUUCAGUGGACGUAUGUCAGACAAAUUUUUCACCACAGUACUUUAAUGUGGUGAUAAAUUUAGCAAAGCAGAUGUUGAGGAAAGGAGGGCAAUAGCACAAGCUAAAAUGUAAAAACCAACCAAACAAACAAAAAAAAACAAGCAGUCUCUCAGUAAACAUGUGGUGGAGGGGACCCAACACACUAGAUAAAGGGUGCCCAAGUCCACUUCUUGAGAUCCACCAUCCUACAACUCUCAGAUACAUUGCAUGUCCAACACAACCGAAUCAAAUUCCUGGCUCAUUACCAGGCUUCUACAGAGCUGAAUGACUGCUGAUGAGGGAGGUCAGCCAUUUUAAUUCAUGUGUGCUGAACUUGAGAUGUAUUUCAAAGUUUGCUAGAUUUUGAACUCUGUUGUCAAGUUCCCCAUGUUACACACAGGGACAUUUUGGAUUGGGGGUUUAGAUGGGCAGCUUACAGUCUGCUGUAACUCCAGUUCAAAUCUGAUCAAAACAACAAACUCCAAUAACUGUUGUAGUUAACAUGCUUACUUUGUAACAUUACCAGUACAGUGAUGAUUUCAUUCAUUAAUAUAAUCUUAUGAAUCUAUGUGUUUUUCUUUUCAUGUAUUGUUUAGAGUGUUUUUUUUAAGUGACAUCAACAAUCACAAAGAAAUCAGCAACAAAAAAAAGCUUAAGGAACAAAAAUCUUGUAUAUUAUGUUACUUGUGCUAUGUACAUGUGCACACUUUAUGUAAUAUUAGUGAUACAAACGUCUGUUGCAUCUGUAUUAUAAAAAAAUUCAUAGCAAAAUCCUUUAUAAGCAGACAACUGUAAUCUAUACUCUUGUAUUAUUUAACAGAUUUGAAAUCAUUAACAAAAAAUAGAUACCACCAGAAUACUUGUCCAGUGAUCAGGAUGCUUCUGUUUUUCUGUUUUUGUGUGUGCCGGACAAAUUAUAUCAUCCCGUUGUAUCGUGUAGUUUGUUUAUUUUUUGCAUGGUAUGCCAUGUAUAGCAAAUGAAGAUCUAAUUAAAUCAGAAACUGACCUGACAUUAUACAAAUAUUAAUAUAUAAGGAUAUAAGUUAUGUUCAUUUAUUUUUCUAUCCUGUACAUUAAAUGGAUGUCUUCAAAACUGUCUUUGUCAUGACUUGCUUUCUUUUUAGUAAUAUCACUGGGGAUUCC